AUGAUGCAACGUUUUGCUGCCAAGGCCAGAGGAAAAAAACAUCGCCCGGCAGCCCCUAACUCAAGGGACAGCGACGACGACGACGGCGACGACACACGCAGCAGCCAGACAGCCAGCCAGCGACGAGGAGACGGCGAUGAAACGCAGGAUAGCUUGAAUGCUCCACGGGAAACUGCUUCGGCGUCGUCUAUAUAUACUCAACACUGCCCUGCCUCCUUGCCACGCCGGCGUCCCCCACUUCCAACUCUUCAGCGCGCCUCUCUUUCACCUCGUCCCUCCGAUGACACGCAGCAGCAACUGACCGAGUUCGACCCUGAAGCCAUCGCCAGCCUCUUGCUCUGCCGGUCUAGCAUCCUCGAAUCAUCCAGAAACCGACGCCCGGAGAGGCACAUUAGCAAACAAACACCUUGA